CUCAGUGGCGAGCUUGUGAAGGGCGGAGAAGGAAGGCGCUCUGAACGUCCCUCCCUCCCCUAAAGUGCACCCUCUACCUCAGCCGGCUCCUCCCAGCCCCGCUCUCCGGCCCUGUCUUGCUUUCUUUCUCUCUCCCCCCACCACACACACAUCCUUCAAGCCAGGAACAUGUCAACCGGACACCAGCACAGCCAGAGCCGGGCUAUCCCCACCAGGACCAUCCAUAUUAGCGACUCCUCUCAGCUACCUCAUGACUAUUGCACCACCCCCGGGGGGACCCUCUUCUCCACCACCCCUGGAGGGACCAGGAUCAUUUAUGAUCGUAAGUUUCUUUUGGACCGUCGCAAUUCUCCCUUGGCUCAGACCCCUCCUCGUCGCUUGCCGGAUAUUCCUGGCGUUACCAGCCCUAUUACUGCUGUCGAAGCCCCCAAAGUAGAAACAAAUAAUUUGAACAACCAUGACAGGAAGACCGCUAUUGGUGAGGAUGCUCAGUUUGAAAUGGACAUCUAAUCUCCAGGAUGCCUGUCAAGCACGCUCUUGUGCGCACCUGGCUUGGCAAAUAGGAUCGAUGAGAAAUCCGUCAAAGGCGCACUUGCGUAGAAACCUGCCCUUCCUGGUGCCAAAGGUCAACGCAACUAGGCUCCUUCCUCCUAUUUUUUUUUCUCUUUAUUUCUCCCCCAUGAUUAAUUCCACCCCAACCACAAAAUGUGGAGGUGGUGAAAGGACUUGACUGAUUUCAAUGGCUUGAUGUUGGUAAACAGGAAUUAAGUUUGCCAAUUUUGUACUGUAGAUCUGCAAAUAUUUGUGAAUGGUGGGUGGCAGAAAUGGAAAUUGUGCAACUUUCCCCCGUUUU